AGCGGUGCCACCUCGACACUCUGAACAGAGGAGCGGGCAUCUUUGACGUGUAUGGCGCGCGAGGCAGAUGAGAAGCAGGACGUAUGCUCAUGUCAACGGAGGGUGUGGCACAAAUGGGCGUGUUUCGUGGCAAUUUGACAAGGUGGCUGCAAAGGAAGAACACCUUGCGCACUUUGGAUCGAUGCAAGUUGGCUUCGUGCAUGCCUCGCGUCAUGAGCCCGCAUUGUUAGCAACUUUCUCUCCAACGACAGCCGAUCGGCUGGCCAGUCUCGCAAGGUAUCACGCCACAAUUGCCGCACGUCGUUCGUGCAACCUAUGGGGUGCCAAAAUGAAUUCGUCGAGUUCAGGUCGAGGAAAUGAUAGCUACCGUGCUUUAGGAGAGGCACCGUGAGUGCACGACCAGGUUUUGGUGCGGCGUCCCAGCGCUGCAGCAUGGACACGUUUCCCCGAGGAUCGGGAUAGGCGGUAUCGAGCGGCAAGUGCCCCCGCGUCAAAGUUCAAAUGGUAGCUACAAAUGGAUGCGUCGCCGUGAGAUGGAAUUGAAACUAAUGUUGAGCUUCAUCAUGCAC